CAAUACAGAUGGUUAGAGGUCUGCCUUCCAGGCUCACCGCUUCCCCCGGCAGAUGAGCUGGAGGGGUUUUUACGUCCAGGCGUAACCUUGGCACAUUUGGGUCAGUCAUUCGAUCGCACAGAAACCACAGCCAAAGCCAAGAUUUUCGAUCCCGAUAUGGACCUGUUCCUUCAGGAGGGUCUGAAGUUUCAACACACAGACAAUAUCAACCUGUGGUUUGACGCCAUGAUCAAUGUCGGAUUCCCUAAGGUUUUUAUGCCGGAUACUAACGAUAUCUACGAAGCCAAAAACUUGCCCAAGCUGAUCUAUUGCCUACAUGCUCUGAGUUUCUACCUCGAAAAAACUGGUCUCACUCCCUCGAUCAUCCCUCUGACUGCGAACUCGAUCUCGUUUACAGAUCAGCAAAAGGACCAGAUGCACAAAGUGCUAGCAGACAUCUCCAUGCCCGAGUUUGCAAAGGCCAAUACUGCUGUGGAGGAGGAACUGCUGGCUAGCACCAUGAAAAAGAUGGAGAAGCGAAAGCAAAUAGAGAACGAAAUCCUUACAACCGAGAAAACAUACUUCGAUGGGCUCAAGCGACUGCAUGAGAACUUUGAGAAGCCCAUGCGCGAAGCGGAUGCCAAACGCAACACAAUGAUCCCCACAGCCGCCAGCGACAAGAUAUUCUCAAACACAAAGAUGAUCCGCAGUACCAGUGAAGCGAUCCUGCCCAAAAUGGAACAGGGCCAGACCACCGAGGCCAUCCUGUUCCUGUAUCCUUUCAUCAGAGACCUCUACACGGACUAUGCGGUGGCGUAUCGUGAGUCUGCGGCUGAGAUUGAAAAACAAAAGGCUGUGCGGGAAGGAUUUGAUGCGUUCCUCAAACGACAGCCCGAGACAUUGGAAUCCCUUUUGCUCACACCGGUGCAGCGAGUGCCCAGAUAUCUGCUGCUGCUAGUCAAUCUACUGUCUAGCUACGACGAGCAGGACCCCGACUACGCGUCCUUGAAAAAGGCUGUCAAGGUAAUCAGCAGUGUGGCAGAUGAGAUGAACGAGAAGAUUCGCGAAUACGAGAACUUCCAGGCCAUUGAGGAUGUCCGGGUCCGUUUAUGGGGGACCGGUACCCCCGCGCUACACACCCCGGGACGGGUACUCAUCCGCGUGGGCGAUCUCAAUAAACAACUGCACAAAGACCCGACCCAGAAGCACCCGCGGCGGCUGUUCCUGUUCAACGAUAUCCUCAUAUACGCAGUGGCCUUUGAUGACAAGAACUAUACGGCCAGUGCUACGAAAGGCGUGAUGGACGCAGCAUCGGUGGUGGCGGAGAAAACACACAAGUACGUGCCCAAGGGCCUGCGAGACUUUGGCAGGAAAAUCAAGGAGAGUGCGGGUGAAGUUCUGUACAAUCCCAAUCCCAAUCUCACAACGUACGUCUUCAAGUCGUCCGUUCGCCUGGACAAGUUGGAACUCAGUGAUACGGACCAUCAGUUUUUCAAGCUGUCGCACGAGGGAAAGGACUACCGAUUCGAAUCGGUUGACAAUCAUGCGGCCUGGAUAGCAGACCUCGACGUCGCUAUUAGAGCAGCCAAGAAGAAACACUGACGUGGCCUGGCAAUUAAUAGUACAAAUCCAAUAAAUCAACCUUACACCA